GGAGGACGGCUUCUCACUGAGACCGCGGCGUGCGCAGAGUCGCUGGGGCCGGGGUACGGCGAGGCGCGCAUCCUGGACCUGGAGGCCACGUGGCAGGAGUCGGAGCCGCGCACGCCGCUCAUCUGCAUCCUGUCCAUCGGCUCCGACCCCUCGCCGCAGGUCACCGCCCUCGCCAAGCAGCAGACCAUCCCGCUGCGCGCCGUGUCGAUGGGCCAGGGCCAGGAGCUGGUGGCGCGGCGCAUGAUCGCCGACAGCAUGGCGCAGGGCGGGUGGGUGCUGCUGCAGAACAUCCACCUGUCGCUGCCCUUCUGCGGAGAGGCCAUGGACGCCCUGGUGGACACGGAGCGCGUGCACGAGUCGUUCCGCCUGUGGAUGACCACGGAGGUGCACCCGCAGUUCCCCAUCGGCCUGCUGCAGAUGGCCAUCAAGUUCACCAACGAGCCCCCGCAGGGCAUCCGCGCCUCGCUCAAGCGCACCUACCAGGCCAUCACGCAGGUGUGGUUCUGCGACGUGCUGCUGCGGCCAGGCUUCGAGUUCUACAAAGGCUACCGCGUGCCCAACACUCGCCAGCUGCAGGGCUACGUCGACUACAUCAACCAGUUGCCGCCCUCCGACACGCCCGAGCCGAAGGAGGGCGGCGGCGGCGGCGGCGAGACGCGGGAAGUGGUGGUGUACCGCCUGGCGGAGGACAUGCUGUCCAAGCUGCCGCCCGCCUACUCGGUCUUCGAGGUGCGGGAGGCGCUGGCCCGCAUGGGGGCGCUGCUGCCCAUGAACAUCUUCCUGCGCCAGGAGAUCGACCGGCUGCGGCGCGUGCUCAGCACGGUGCGCAACACGCUCAACGACCUCAAGCUGGCCAUCGACGGCACCAUCGUCAUGAGCCAGGGGCUGCGCGCCUCGCUCGACGCCAUGUACGACGCGCGCAUCCCCGACCGAUGGCUCAAGGUGUCGUGGGAGUCGGCGACGCUGGGCUUCUGGUACACGGAGCUGCUGGAGCGCGACGCGCAGUUCCGCCGCUGGUGCGCCAAGGGGCGGCCCAACGUCUUCUGGAUGACCGGCUUCUUCAACCCGCAAGGCUUCCUUACCGCCAUGCGACAGGAGGUGACGCGCGCGAACCAAAGGCUGGGCGCUGGCUCGGAUGGUGCUGCAAUGACAUGAUCACCCGCCACAGCAACCAGGAGGGAUGCUGACGGCCUCGCCGCCCGAGGGUCGUGUACGUGUGCACGGGCUUUUCCUGGAGGGAGCGGGGCUCGACCGCCGCACCGGGAGCCCAUCGUCGGAAUCCCAAACCCAAGGUGCUGUACGAGCAGAUGCCGGUGAUCUACAUCUACGCCAUCAACACGACGGCCGGCAAGGACCCGCGCCUCUAAGAGUGCCCCAUCUACCGCAAGCCGCAGCGCACGGACGCCAAGUACGUGGGCUCCAUCGACUUCGAGACGGACAACAACCCUCGCCACUGGACGCUACGCGGCGUCGCGCUCCUCUGCGACAUCAAGUAGACCCCCCCUCCUCCCCCCUUGCGAUAUGUUCGUCCUUUCCACUUCUCCUCAAUUCAACUCUACUUUUCUUUCUGUUUACCUGUGGUCCAUCUCCCAUAUCCUUUGUCCCCUGUCCUUUGAGGCCCUUUUCCUUGUUGCCUUACCUCUUAACGUCCUAUCGCUUGUCUCCUUCCACCUUCUCUCCUUUUUUGCCUCCUUUUCCCUUUCUGUUCGUAUCUCUUUCUUGAACACAUUCCAGUAUUGUGUUUCCUCAACUAUCGAUUCUAUACCGGGCCUCUCAUCUCCUUAUCCUACCCCUUUCAAUCAAAUCUCAUCAUUUCCUGUAUAAGUAUAUCCGGAUGAUCUUCAUUACAGUUGUAAAAUAUCUUCAACUUGUUGAUGAGGAAUACUCGUACAAACAUCUCUGAGAAGAGAACAUUAAUCACUUUUUACAAGUAACAACAGAAAUAAAUUAGCCAAGGCAAUAUACUGGAGGCCCAAAUAGCAUUCAUUAUAAUCCUAUACUUAGUAAUUACAAAAUCAAUGGAAGAACGAGCAGAGCAACACCAUUAGUCUAAAUAUGAACCUCUUCAUUGUGGGAAUGAGUAAGGUUUCUAACUAAUUGCAUAGCAGUCAGAGUCUUCAUCAUAUUUCUUACAUCUAUCGCACAUACUGCGUUGCAUUAAACGUUCAGAAACCCAGAGCUCCAUUGAUUUUAGUCUACUGAGUAUACUAUCUUUGGCUCCAGUCUUUAAACAUACCUUCAUGCAAAAUGAUACAAUGAAAUUGUAUCGAAAGGUAUUUUCUUAAUUUUAGCACAUCAUUGCCAUAGUAAUGUUAUAGAACAAAAAUGCCACUUGAUGAGGCCCCGGGAGAAAAUAAUCUGAUCCUAAACUGAUUACUAGAAAAUGUUUCAUUAACUUUCAGGUCACGGUGAAUUUUUUAUAAAAAUAUAAAUCUUGAAAAGUCAUUAUUGAGAAAUAGCUGAAAAGUCU